UUUGUUUUUAUAUAAGGACGCAUCAAGAAAGGACAAACAGGAGAGGGCACUAACUAAACUCAUUUCUCUCCUUUGUCCAAUGCUGGGGGAUUGCUUUACGUAUAUGUAUCCAGACUGAGAGCAGUUGGACAGAUCCGGCAGGGCGGAUUGGUUACCUGACGAGACGGAAAAGUUGCUGAACCUGUCCAACUAGGUCCGACUCAUUACAAAACCGUCAUGGGGAUGGGUGGUUGGAAGAGCAGCUUCUAACCCCAUUGAAAGUUCCCCCACCCCCUGAACAAACACCUUCGCUCCCGGCCUGCCGACAGCAGGGAAAAGGCAAGCAGUCACUAAACGGAGGUGCCAGGGUUACCUGGUGGCAACAGCACACGGUGUGUUGGAGGCGACGUUAUAAUGUCAGGGACAGUGACGAUCAGCAUGACUGUCAAUACGACAGAAGUAAACAUCACAACGAUGGCCACAAAAUCUCCUGAAGAAAUUCUCUACCAGAGCUCUGGUGCAAUUGUAGCUGUCAUUGUAAUUGGAGUAAUAAUCAUACUUACCCUAGUACUGCUCACUUUAAAGCACUAUAACAGACAAAGCCGACUGAAAAGAGAUCUGGCGCCAAAAUCAUCAAAGCAACUUUCAAACCCACUUCCACAGACUGGUCUUGACAACAGUCGGCAAACGUCACAGGUUUCUAGUUCAUUGAAUAUUCCAUUGGAAAGGAAAUAAUGACUGCAAUCCCAAUGUAAUGGGACAGAGAAGCAAGCUAUUACAGACUGAAUCUGGAUAAUUUGGGUCACAGAAGUGUGAAAUAAAAAUAUGUUACUAAAAUUACCAUCUGUAUCCAUUCUUCAAAGGACCCAUUAUCUCUGAGUUCACAAACUUUCUGGGCUGCACUUUAUUUUUCCAGACUGCAGAAUUUUGAAGAGAAAGCAGUUACAUCAACAAUUGUAAUUCCCUGAGCAAUGGUUGGGAUCAUAGCUUCUCACGAAAUCUCUAUAUUUGUUGACUGAUGUGGAAAUAAUUAAUUUCUCUCUUUCUCUGGCUUAGAAUAUAGACAUGAGAAAAUCAAGAACAUAAAAUGUCCAACACUUGUGUUUUCUAACUCUCAUAACAUCCAACUCUAUUUUGAAAAGAUUUUGUCUUUAUUAACUUGCUUGGUAAAUUAUCUUAAAUAUUUAUCACUUUGAUUGAAAAGUUCUAGGUGAAUGGAAUUGUUAAAAUAGAGAAACUGAUAAAAGAAUCCAAGAGUAAUAGUGGACACAUCACUUCCAAAGUAUUUGAUGUUUCUAACUUAAAUUCAUUUUUUAAUGACUUCAUGUGACUUUAUCUGUACACUGCAAGUUUCAUUCUAGUUUCUAUGUGUUAACUUAGCGCCAUUUGUAUGUAACUGUGAUCUGUUAUUUGACUACGUGCAAUACUUUACAUUUAUCAGUGUUAAAUAUACUUUACUGUCUCUCUAUCCGGAUAUGUAACUAAUGUAAACAUUUUUGAAAUAUGCUUUUUUAUUGCUUCUUUUAUUUUCCUUUGGCAGCAAUUUUUGACAAUAUUGUAGUUAGCUUUGCUACUUGGAUUACUUCAGUAUAUUUGAAACAACACUGAAUCAUGAAAGAUUUCAUUCUCUCAUGACAUCUUUCAUGAUUUUGGUAUCCUAUAUAUAAGACACAGGCCUAUCUAGGUCUAUGUUCUACCCGCAUUUGUGCAACUUUUCAUUUAAUAACCUUGUUUAUGUGGAGCUUUUUCAAAAGCUUUCUGAAAAUUCGGAUACACUAUCAAGGGUAAGCUGACAGCUAUUUUAUCCGUAAUGCCCUCAAAGUAAUGAAGAUGUUGGGCAGGAUGUUUUAAAUCCAUGUUGCUUUUUAAGUUAUUGCUUAUGAAUACUCUUUCAACAUGUUGCUUGGAAUAAAUUGUAUUGUUUUAUUUCUUGUUAAUGGACCUGUAGUUACCCAGAACACUUUUGCUGUCUUGUCUUUUGAGACAUUGAUUUAAAGUGAGAGUGUGGGAGUCCUUAACGCUCUCCCAUUUGUGCCCCUGCUAUUCAAGAAAUGUUCUGUAAAAAAGAAUGUAAUGAGUUAAGACUAUUUAUCUCUCCAGGUUUGACAAACCCAAGUUGUUUAAUUUAAAAGGCAAUACUGUAUCCAUAAGCCAUGGAAUCACUGACGUUGUUUGCUUACAAGUUUCAAUUUCCCAGUGUUGAGGUUAUUGGAUACAUUUUACUUCUGCAAUUAUACUGUCACUAAUUACUUUGUAAUUUCUUUUGGUCACUCUUGUCACAAGAUGUUUCUCAGAGUACUGUAUGGCCAUGUAUUUUGGCAAUGAGCAAUACUGACAGAUGUCACAGCCAAGUGAAAUUAGUGCAGUUACUAUACAAUAGUGUAGUUGAUACUUGAGCAGACUAAUCUUUAUUAAAUAGUUUUAAAAAAUUGCUUUGUGUAAAUGCAUAUAUUAGAAUUAGAGCAAUCUGCUAUUAGUAGACCAAUAUAAUUGACUUAUACAGUUUUACUGACCCUUAAUCGCUGUAAGUAGAUCACUCAAUACGUGGAGAGCCAUCAAAGAAAAUAAAUCGUGCAAAAACAGCAAGAUCCCAGGGUUUAUUUGGGCUGAAUACAAUACUGGUAAAAUCCUGUCAGCAAAUUAUUGUUUUGAGGAAAGAGAAUUUCAAAAAUAUGUGGCAAAUCUGUAAAUUUAAAUACGUAAAUGCCCAACUUAUUCUAAAGGUGUUGCAAUGUUUUAUUAUAUCAAGUUUGACCUUUUUAAAAGCAAGAGAAUUGUACAUGAAAUUAUGAAGAGAAUGUUCAUUGUUUACAUUCAAAGUGACACAUUAGAGGAUCAAGUCACAAAGUGAAACUGCUUUUACUAUUGCACAGCAGAUUUUUGCUGAAUUUAAGAUGUGGAUGCCUUCCUGUUAUGCAAUUUCCUGUGCACAAUAAAUGUAGUCAUGAUUUGGAGAUGCUGGUGUUGGACUGGGGUAUACAAAGUUAAAAAUUACACAACUCCAGGUUAUAG